AUGUAUACGAACACGAGGAGAAAGGCGAGGAAAAGGGCGAGGAGAAAGGCGAGGAAAAGGGCGAGGAAAAAGGCGAGGAGAGAGGCGAGGAAAAAGGUGAGGAGAAAGGCGAGGAAAAAGGCGAGGAGAAAGGUGAGGAAACAGGCGAGGAGAAAGGCGAGGAAACAGGCGAGGAGAAAGGCAGGGAAACAGGCGAGAAAGCGAAGAAAAGGUGAGGAAAAAGGCGAGGAAAAAGGCGAGGAGAAAAGCGAUGAAAAAGGCGAGGAGAAAGGCGAGGAAAAAGGCGAGGAGAAAGGCGAGGAAAAAGGCGAGGAGAAAGGCGAGGAAAAAGGCGAGGAGAAAGGCGAGGAAAAAGGCGAGGAGAAAUGCGAGGAAAAAGGCGAGGAGAAAGGCGAGGAAAAAGGCGAGGAAAAAGGCGAGUAA